UCCGGACGUGCAGCUCCAGGAUGCACGCGCUCGUUAAGUGGGGAGUGGGGCUGCUCGUGUUGUUCUCCGUGCUCCUAAACCUCGCGCUGAUCGUGAGCUACUCCCGCAGGACGCCCACGUGCGCGGCCCGGAGCAAACUUACGCUCCAGUGGAAACAUGACGAGACCAGCCGCGUGUUCGCGGAUCUGAGCCGGGACGAGUACGCGCAGGUGCAGGAGUACAUGCUCCGACAGAAGGACCUAAACAUCUCCACGCGCCAGAACACGAGACCGGACGAGAACUUUCUUUUCCUCAUUGACCUACUCGUGCCACCAAAGUCCCUGGUCGAGAAGUAUUUGGACGGACUGUACGUCGCGCCCAGAAGAGAAGCAACAGUAGUGGUCUUCUACGGCUCUAAAGGCUACAUUAAAGAGUAUGAGGUGGGGCCGCUGCCCGACCCCAGCUACCACCGCGACGUGACGCGUGAGCGCUACGGCGCGGAUCUGCCGCUGAGCGCGCGCGCCGUCACCGUGGGUGAGUACGUCCUUCUGUUCCAGUUCGUCGAGGAGAAAGUGUUCUUGCCCCUUUACACGCUCCUCCAUGAGAGCUUUGGCGUGGACCAUGAGCACAAACUCAAACCCUUUGAACAGAUGCCGCGCGGUUUACGCUCGGGCGACCGCAACACCUGGAUCUCGUUCUUCCGUGACCUGAGUGGAUUCUAUGUCCAGCCCGUGGGCUUUGAGGUGCUCGUGGACCACCGGAGCACCAACGCAUCACAGUGGCGCGUGGAGCGCCUCUUUUAUAACGGUCAGUACUUUCCGUCAGUGGACGCGCUGCGGGACGCAUACAGCGCGGGCACCGUGAAGAAGAUCGUGAAGGCGCCGUGGGAGGACUAUGGCUCCCUGAAGCCCCGGACACGACCCCUGCAGGUCGGACCGCAACUCGUGAGCCCCGAGGGCGCGCGCUACAGCGUGAGCCACAACCACGUCCUGUACAUGGACUGGAGUUUUGCCUUUGGGCUCAGCGCGGUCACGGGCAUGCGCGUGUUCGACGUGCGCUUCAGGAACGAGCGCAUCCUGUACGAGCUGAGCGUGCAGGAGGCUAUGUCCGUGUACGGCUCAGUGACUCCCGGGCUGGGCAUGACCAAGUUUCUAGACUCUGGCUUUGGCAUUGGCCGCUUCGCGCAUGAGCUCGUGCGCGGUGUGGACUGCCCGUAUGACGCCACGUACGUGGACACGUACAGGUACAUUGAUGUAUCCGAGCCUACGCGCACCCGGAACUCUAUUUGUAUCUUUGAGCUGUACCUGGGCCAGCCUCUGCGGAGACAUUUCGCGGACUUCUUUCACAACAGUUACGGGGGAAUGGCGAACAGCGCUCUGGUCUUCAGGACCAUCACAGCCAUAGAAAACUACGACUACAUGUGGGACUUCAUCUUCUACCAGACCGGCGCAGUGGAGGCCAAGGUGCACGCGACAGGCUACAUCUCCUCCUCCUUUUUCGUGCAGAACAGUCUCAAAUUCGGCCACCAAGUUGCGCCAAAUGUGGUUGGAAACAUGCACACGCACUUUGUCAACUUCAAGGUGGACCUGGAUAUAUCGGGAGGGAAGAACAUGUUUCAGACCAAAGACAUGGAGUACAGAAAUGUGUCUCUGCCCUGGAUGCCCGAGCACCACGCCAUGAUCCCUCACCUGGUGGAGACAACUGUGCUGACAGAGCAGAAGGCUGCUCUGCGUCAUGAUGCUAAGACCCCUCGGUAUCUCCACAUCUCCAGUCAGGACCAUAACAAGUGGGGACAUGAGCGCUCCUACAGACUUCAGGUGUACAGCUUCAACGGGGACCACCUCCCUGAGAGCCAGCCAGAGGAGAGGGCCAUGUCCUGGGCCAGGUACAAAGUAGCUAUCACUAAACACAAAGAUGCAGAGCGGAGCAGCAGCAGUGUGUACAGUCAAAACAACAUGUGGAGCGCUCCUGUCAACUUCAACUCCUACAUCCAGGACAAUGACAACAUCCUUCAGGAGGACCUGGUUGCCUGGGUGACGGCUGGUUUCCUCCACAUCCCUCAUGCUGAGGACAUCCCUAACACUGUUACCGUGGGAAACGGGGGUGGAGUCCUGUUGCGGCCCCAUAACUUCUUUGAUGAGGAUCCGUCCAUUGACUCUCCCGACAGCGUGUACCUGGCCCCGGGCACAGAGAGCAGCUGUGAUACCAACCGUAUGGCCUGUCUCGCCCAAGAGAGCUGUGCCCCGGGAUUAGAACCAUUCACCUACCACGGCUUUGAGGGGGUUAUGAAGUUUGAGGAUGAGCUGCAUUGAUGUGUACACCAUCAGAAUGUGAAUGCCUAGUUCUCAUAAUGUGCAUUUUGAUCAGGCUUUUGAACAUAUGUUUAGACUUUGGACAAACACAGAGACACUUUGUAGGAGGACACCACCUGAUGAAUCUCCCAGGUGAAUCUGC